CCACACCACUGCAAUAGCUGGAAGCCAGUAGGUUGUGCAAGCUGCAACACGAUGGGUCGGUUCCUCCCACUUGUACUGGUAGCUGUAGUUAUUUUCCCCCUCCUCAUGCCAGCGCCGCUUGUCUUGUCGGCGGCCGUCCGGCCGCCGGUCAAGAUAAAUUCAGCACAGGCGAAGAAGAUCAGCGACUACUUCAAGAAGCAAGCCUUCGACUUCUUGAAGGAUCACGCCUUGGACGUCAUCCCGAACGUCCUGUCAACUCCGGAAGGCCAGAAGCAGGGCACAAAAGCGGCCGACACCGCCGGCCUCUACGUCUUUAACCUCUCCGUCGGCACGUCGAUCCUGCAGAACAUUACCGGCAUCCUGGACAUCACCACUGAGCUCGUGUGGGCGCAGUGCGCGUGUAGCGCUGACGCCUGCUUGCCACCUCCGGGGACCACAUUCGACCCAAGUACGUCGGACACCUUCGCCGGGGUUCCCUGCAUCAGCCAGAGGUGCCAGAGCGUGAUCAAGCAGCAAUGUGGCCCUGACCCCGCGGCGAACUGCACGUACCUUAUGCAAUACGACGACUACACCAACACGACCGGCUACCUCGGCAACGACACGUUCACGUUUGGUCAGACUCAGUUCCCCGACGUGGUGUUCGGCUGCAGCAAGGCGAGCUACGGUGAUUUCUUUGGCGCCUCCGGCGUCCUGGGCUUCAGCAGGGGGAGCCUAUCCCUGGUGUCCCAGCUCCAACUCUCCUGGUUCUCCUACCUCUUGGUUUCGGACGGACCCAGCCCCUUGCAGUUCGGCUAUGACGCCGUUCCGCAGACGGAGAACAGCCACUCAACUCCCCUUCUCAACAACGACGCAAACCCUGGCCUUUACUAUGUCAAGCUCACCGGCAUAAUGAUCGACGGCCGGCAGCUCAACGGCAUCCCAGCUGGAACCUUCGACAUCCAGUCGAACGGUUCCGGCGGGGUGUUCCUGAGCACGACCGUCCCGGUCACGUACCUCGACGAGGCCGCGUACAACGUUGUCAGGAAGGCAUUCGUCAGCCGGAUCACGGCGGAAGCUGUGGACGGCUCGGCGCUUGGUCUUGACCUGUGCUACACGUUGCAACCCAAAGACGAAAUGGUGGUUCCCAAGCUGACACUGGUGUUCGACGGCACGAACGCGGCGAUGGAGCUCAAGAAGUACAACUACUUCUUCGCGGACAACAACACCAACCUGGAGUGCCUGACCAUUCUGCCGUCCCGGGGCGGGUCGCUACUGGGCAGCUUGCUGCAGACGGACACGAAUAUGGCGUAUGACAUCGAAGGCAGCCGGCUCAUAUUCGAGACGGCAUCUGCGCCGACGCCAGAUUUGAAGGUGUCUCUGAUGGUAGUAGUCCAAUUUCUAGCAUUGGCGCUGCUGUUUUAGGCCCGUGCUAGAUCUGGAGAUAUAAGUUGCUGCAUAUAUGCAUCAAAGAUUAAUUGUCUGUUUACUUAUGCCGGAAAGUUGCCCAUGUUGGCAUGCAUGCAUUUACAUAUUCUCUAGA